AUUGUUGUCGUUCCGCGAGUCAUCGUCAUGUCGGCCUCAAGUUACGACCGCGCUAUCACCGUUUUCAGCCCUGAUGGCCAUCUUUUCCAGGUGGAAUAUGCACAGGAAGCUGUGAAGAAGGGAUCGACGGCUGUUGGUGUGAAAGGCAAAGAUGUUGUGGUUCUGUGUGUAGAGAAGAAGUCUGUUCCAAAGCUGCAGGAAGAGCGCACAGUAAGAAAGAUCUGUCUCUUGGAUGACCAUGUACUGAUGGCAUUUGCAGGUCUUACAGCAGAUGCAAGAAUUUUGGUUAACAGGGCCAGAGUUGAGUGUCAGUCUCACAAGCUAACUGUGGAAGACCCUGUCACUCUUGAAUAUAUUACAAGAUUCAUUGCCACAUUGAAACAGAGGUACACACAAAGCAAUGGCCGUCGACCUUUUGGUACCUCAUGUCUUAUUGCUGGGUUUGACAUGGACGGAACACCUCAUUUGUAUCUGACAGAUCCCUCUGGCACAUACACAGAGUGGCAGGCCAAUGCCACAGGUCGCAGUGCAAAGACUGUCCGAGAAUUCUUGGAGAAGCAUUACACUGAUGAGGUAGUCUCAACAGAGGCAGGAGCCAUCAAGCUAGUAGUUAAGGCAUUGCUAGAAGUGGUCCAGUCUGGGGCCAAAAAUGUAGAAGUUGCAAUUAUGAAGCCCAAUGAACCAAUGAGGAUGCUAGAUAUUGGCAGCCUUGAGAAGAUCGUAGCAGAGAUUGAGAAGGAGAAAGAAGAGGAAGCAGAGAAGAAGAAGCAAAAGAAAUAGUUGUAUUACAUUAAAAAGUAAUUACUAGUAAUGUUUUAAGUUCAAGUAUAUUUGCAGGAGAAUCAUGCUUACCAAUGAGUAUUUUGAUUUAUAACAUCAUUCAGUUUGCUUAUCCCAGCAGAAUGUUAUUUAUAAAAAACAGCUCUUUUUUCAAUAAAGGAGGAUAAAA